AUGGCAGUGAAACGAAUCGACGUCGACAGUAUUCCUAGUCUGAAGCCACUCAGUAAAGGAGAGGGAAAUGAGAGAUUGAAACUAAAAAUAGUUGACUUCGAUGCUGAAAUAUCGCGUAUGAACUACGAGGCGCUGGGCUGCACCCACAGAAUGGUUGACGAAUUAGAGAAGAUGAACGAAGAAGGAGUUAUGACGUUAUCUGCUCUCGAAAAUCAAGAUGGUAACAAAAAUUUCAGAGGAUUGACAUUAUUCAAAUACACCUAUAUUGCACUUCGUUGUGUUCACUUAUGA